AUGAAAUCUGUAAAAUCAGCUUAUUCAUUGAGUACAAAUUUAGCAAGUUAAUACACAGAGAGAGUUUACAAAAACAAAAAGCCUGUUCUUCGUAUAAACACAGAAACUAGUUAGAGAAUUAGGAGUGCAUAAAUAGGAUCUUCAUCUAGAAAAUGUUAUACCAAUACAAGUAGAGUCAUUGAAAAUUAGGCUAUAUCUAAGAUUCCUUUGCAAAUUUAUUAGAGAUAUAUAGAUGAAUCCUUUAUGUCAAAUAAUCAUGAUAAAAUUGUAAAGGAAGCAAAAUUAGUGGAACCUACUGUAAUAAAUCAUCUAAAUAUUAAUUUUUAUGAAACUCAGUAAUUGAGUCAUGGAAUGAGCCUUUAUGAUAAACAUCCUAGUUUACUUUUUAAAAUGUACGAAACACUUAUAAAUCUCGAUAAAAAUGUGAUGUAAGAAUUAUUUUUAUAUGAAACUUUGGCUGAUAAAGAUUAAAUUGGAAUAAAGGAAAAAAAGGAAAGAAAUAUUACGGAUAAUUUUAGAUUUGAUUUUUUCAUCAAGUCAAUCAAUAUAAUGGAUGAUUUCAUAACAACAUUAAUUAAAAUUAUUGAUGAUAAAACAUUAGCCGUAUUUAUUGAACAAUUAUGGAAAUUUUGGGUAGUUCUUCUUGAUAUUAAUACUUAAUGGUCUUAAACAAGAUAUAAAGCAUUACUUGAUAUUCAAGUUGGAGCAGUUGAAGCAUAAUUAAAAGAUUGUUAAUUUAGUUUAGAUGCUCUAAGAGAGAAAUAUAUUUAAAAAGUAAAAGGACAUCAAUUAAGAGUAGCUGUAGAAUAAAAAAAGAAUUUGCAUUUAAAAGAAGAAAAUUUAAAAUGGCUUUAGAUGUAUUCUGAAUUGGAAACUAAAUUAGAAGACUUAAAUAAUUUAGAUAAUGCAGAGGGUGAAAUUAGAAAAAUUAAUUUAGAUUUAAAAGAGAUGGAUUUUUAAUUUAAUCUCUUUUAAAAAAACAUGAAUGACUCUUAGAAAUAAGUGACUACAACUGUUAAGAAUUUGGCAACUCUUUUAAAGCGAAAAGAGUAAAAAUCUUUUACUGAAUUUGCAUAUGAAGAAUUAAAUCUUCUAGAUUAUCAAGGAUUUAGUGAUGACUAUUUACUUGUUAAUCCUAUUAUUUUUCUAUUGUAGAUAAGAGCUAAAGAUUAGAAAACUACUCCUUAAGAUUUCUUAUCAUUCUUAAUGUCAAAUAUAAAUUAAUUUCCUAACAUGUCAGGACCAGAAUUGUUUUUACAAUUUAUUGAGAUAGAUUUAAAUAAAGCACAUUUUCUAUAAGAUCUAGUUAAGACAAGCGAUGAUGAUAUUAUUAAUAUCACUAAAUUAAUAUUAGGAGUAGGCAAGAAAAAUCCAGUUAGUCAUUCCGUUAUUCUUGAAACUAUAAAAUUAUGCAAAGCAAUCGAGAAUUAAUAUAAACAUUUAGAACAAUCCUAAGUUUCAAAUUAAAAUAAGAGAACUAGUCUUAUUUUGAGUCAAGAAAAGGCUUGCAAUUAUAAUAUUGAUUUAAAUUAAGAGAUUCCUAUUGCAGGGUAUUUUGAUAAUAUUAAAUUUAGAUCUGAAGUAACAUUAGGAUAAUAAUUAUAUGAGUAAAUACUUUAAAUCAGUUCAACAACAAUUAAAAUGAGUAAAAUUAUGUAUAUAGCCAUUCAAUUAUAUGCUGAAAAGGAGUAUGGAAGAUGGAUGAGUUGUUCAUAUUUAUGGAAAUAAGGAACAAUUAAAAUUGAAUCUCGUUGGGAUUAAUAAGAAUAAUUUUCUAAUAUGGAUGGUUUUCUUGUAAUUACUUAUUUUUUAUUUAGGUUUGGCAAUAUGUCAAUCUAAAAUAUAAGAAUUAAAAAUCUCAGGAUUAACCCUCGUUAGAUUAAUGUUUCAAUUGGGUCUACAAAAUUUGGCUUCUGAGACCCAAAAUCUUUAUUAAACCUAUGGGAGAUCAUAUAGAAACCUAGAGAAGUUCUCAUACAAUUCAAAAGCAGUAAGAUAAAUUGCCAAUACCAAACAAAAAGUCCAUCACUCUCAUAGACUCUUAAAGAAAAAAAUGA